AUGACGGUGCCAUCAACCCAUCUUUUCGACAUAUUAAAUGGGAGCAAGCUUUCGUCACUACUUCUUAUUGAAGAAGCCCUACCAAAAUCUUCCCAUUAUUUUGUUUGGCCAACUCUGCUAAAGCGUUUGUGCGGUAGGCACAAAAUUCUGAUUAUCUAUACUGAGUUGCCUGGAACAAAAUCGUCAUAUAUCGCACCAUCUUCUGCUGAGGGAAUAUCCUUUUAUGAUUAUGAAACAGUCCCAGACUUAUUUAAGGCAAUCGAGGAUAGAAUCUCCGGUUCGGGUUCAUGGGUGAUCUUAUUUGAAAGUCUCGAUGCUCUUUUAAAAUUAUGUCCUUCUGAUAGUUUUAUUUGUGAUUGGGGUCGUCUUUUGUCUUCAUAUUUUUAUUCUCUUGCCACGUGUUCAUCAGUGUCCAUGGUUGUCCUUACAUUGACCCUCUAUACUUAUGGUGAUGGAGAAAUCACUUGCGCUAGUAGAAGCUUGAGCCAAAUAUUUGAAUCUCUAGCCUCCACUUGUGUUCGUUUAUCCUCAAAAUGCAUUUCUACUCAAAUUGAUGUUUCAUUUUGGCACCGUAGAACACUUGAUUCUGUUUGUAAAUCUAUUCGGAUGUUUCCUGACGUUCCUCCUGCUAAUAAGUUAGCGGUUUCCGGACUCUGCCGUUUAAAGCUCGAUUCUCCGGCUGGUGUUAUUGUUAGUUGUUCAAGUAUAGGAACUCAGGUGGAGAAAAUUGAGGAAUCUCUGCCCACAUCUUCCUUCAAGCUCACUGUGACGGAAGAGGAAAUGGAAGCCAAACAGAAGGUUGUCUUACCAUAUACAUCUGCGAUCAAUGCUCCAAUCGCAUCGGAGAUGAAAGUUGAUUAUGAGCCGGAUGAAUUUGAUGACAUUGACGAUGAGGAUCCUGAUGAUGACCUCCUUAUUUGA